GAGAGAGAGAGAGAGAGAAAUAAAGCCUGACAGCUGAAGGGUUUCGUUACACGCCAGGGAACGUGCCGAGCCUUUAAUAGCACAAGCGCGAAAUGAAGUAGCGCGACUUGCAGUUUAACUCCCUCAGCCAUCCCGAGGGAAACAGCAGAACAUCUAUUCACUGCCACUUCAGAAAGUGUCACUUUAACUUACAGCCCUGAUGUCGAGCUCGGGCUCGAGCUGAACUGAGUGCAUGGAGAUUUGAUUUCUUCUCGCCAUCCCGUGGUGGAGGUUAUUAAGGUGGAGAGCAGCGGAGUUCAGCGCCUCGUUCAGCACAGCACACUGCUGCUACUGCUAUUAGUGCAACUGCUCUUCAUGCAUUGCUUGAGGACUCCGUGUAGCAGACUGAUGGAUGCUAAUAGACCUGACCGUCACCACCAUGGGGUGCAUGCAGAGUGCGGGCACACAUUUUUACGAAAACAUCAGAGUCCUCGAACUGAACACCUCUAUCGAUUCUAAUCCUACUGUCAUUGACGAAUCAUCCAAUGUAGUACUGAGGUACCGUACACCCUACUUUAGAGCUGCUGCCCGUGUGCAGGUGCCACCAGUGGUCCGUAAAGAAAUUUGGACUGUGGGCUGGAUCCAGGCAUGCAACCAAAUGGAUUUCUUCAAUUACUAUGGAGAAGAAGGAAUAUCGAGCUGGGAGCUCCCUGAGCUGAGAGAUGGACGCAUCAAGGCCAUCAGUGAUUCAGAUGGAGUGAACUACCCAUGGUAUGGCUGUACCACUGAGAUGUACACCAUCGUAGGACCCACCAAGAGGAGCACCACCCUCACUGUGAGCAUGAACGACAACUUCUGCCCCAGUGUGACAUGGAGCAUCCCCACAGGCACCACCAGUGUCCCGCCACUUUUGAGCUCCAUCCAGAGAGACCAGCGCUUCACCACCUGGCUGGUGGCCAUGAACGAGGCCUCAGCUGAGAUGGUACUGCUCAGGACCAUUCGCUGGAGGAUGCAGCUCGCUAUUGAGGUGGAUCCCAAGAAGCCCCUGGGACAGAGAGCUCGCCUCAUGGAUCAUCUUGCUCAGGAACAGCCAGAGAUCUUGGCUACAAAUGAACCCAUCCCACCCAAUGCCUUGGUGAAACCCAAUGCCAAUGAUGCUCAGGUGCUAAUUUGGAGACCUAAAAGGGGGGAGUCGGUUGUGGUCAUCCCCCCUAAGUAUUGAAUUGAGUGAAAAAAGCAAACACUUGAAUGUUUUAGACUUGAAUAUUUUACCUCCUCCUUCUCACUGAACCUCAAGCAGUACAUUUUUUAUUUAUUGAUUUAUUGAUCUUUUGUUGGAUGUUCAGAAAUGAAAGCAUGGCCUCAGAUUAACAGCAUUCUGCAUUAAUGUUAUGCCAUAUGUUGAAUUAUUUCAGGAAUGUUCAGAAUUUUGCAUGCAUGCAGUUCUGUGAACAGGAAUGAGUAGCCAUGUCCACUUUAUGUUAAAUUUACAGAGAUGAGUACGAAAAAAAUAUUUGUAAUAUUUUAUUAGUGAGAUGUGGCCUAAGAUUUUAAAGCAGAUGCAUUAUAGAGGAUGCUGCCUUUGGACUUUAAUUCAUAUAGUAUGGAACAAUGUUGAAUUUAUGAGCUGAUGUGAAAAGCAUCUGUGCAGUGGUGGGCAACUCACAGAUCAUACUCAGGUUAGUGCUGAAUGGCAUUUCAGGUUUUCAACAAUGUUCAUCUGUUUUUCUACCCAACUAGGAUUUUGUUGUUUCACACAUUGUCACAGAUGUAUAACAAUGAGCAUGCAAAAAUGUAAGUGUGAUUUUUUUGGUCAAUAUCAAAAUCUGUGGGAAAAAAAUUCUCAAAGACUUUUGAUUGUCUGCAUCACCUUCUAUGUAAGAUUUUUCUAUACACAUGAUUCACUCUGUAGAGUUGUUGUUGUAGACAACAACAUCUAUAGAACAAAAAUUCUUGAUAAUAUAAUGGCAUCAACUUGUAAAAGGUUACCUCCAAUUUCCAAAAUCUAAUUCUGAAAAACCUUUGAUCAUCUGCAUCAUAUCCAAUGUAAAAUUAAUAUUCACAAGAAUCACUCUGUGGCUAUAGUUGUAGCAUAGGAGACUCAUCUCAGUGGGGACUGUGUGCCCUGAUUCCAAACUGCUCAUAGCUGCCCCAAUUUUUACUCAUGAACCAUCUGCACAGAUGUUAGAAAGCUGAUAAUCUUUGUUUGCCCUUUCCUUUUCAUUUGUUCUAUGACAUACAGUAUGUGUGUGCUCAGUACAGCAUGGAGGGAACUCACUACUAAGAAUAUAGAAAUCAUUUCACAGUGAAAACCGGUUAAUGUCAUACUUUUUAAGUAAACAAUUAAAAAUAUAUAAUAUAAGAGAGGAAUUGCGGAAUUGGAAAAGUCUGUCUGGAUAUUGCAAAUUCUAGGUGUUUUAGACGUGUUGUGGUCUCUUAGAGGUGGCCUCAAGGGACAGGAGCACCUCCACCUUUGGCUUCCAUAAAUUGUAAGUGGAGCAGCAUUUCAGUUCUAGAGUUUAUUUGAAAAUGGACACAGUGCGAUAAUACUGUAAAAGAUGCUGUAAUUUUAUUGGUAAUAUUAACAAUAAAUUGCUGUUUUAUUUUUCUGCAGUA